UCCGACUCUUCCAGCUAGCUGCUAGGGCGUUGCUAGCGGCAGAAAGUGGGAUUUUUGGUGCCUUCCCCCAAGUUAUAUUCUUGUACACGCAACCUCUUGCGCCGGAAUAAACUGCCUUCGACAGUAUUUGGAACUUGCGAGCGCAGCAGUGGUUUUUUUUUAAAGAAGUAUUUCCUGAAGACGGCUCGUUACUUUCUGUCCCGUUAGCUGGCUACACGGCUAGCCUGCUUUUCCAUCCACGGGAAUUCUGCCGAGAAAUUACUGGAUUCUGGAAACAUGGAGUCAAGGAGCACUGCGCUGCCGUGCUAACUAACCCUCUUCCACUGGAUUUUCUUUCCUCAAGGACACGACACGGUGACGAUUGUAUGCCAGCUUUUCCACACCGAUGCGGUGUUUUGCGGGUUUGUUUUCGCUUGUCGGCCGGAGCUCAUUGUUGUGUGCGGGAGUUUGCUUAGUUUGCACACGAAGCAAAGUUUUUUGCUGAUCUGUUUAGUUAGCUGGUAGCUGGCGAGAGUCAAAACCAGGCAAGCCUGCCGUGAGAACGGAUUUGCUCCAAACCGGUGAGGUAUUAUUUUUUAAAACCGGUGUCGUAGCUUAAUUUGGCUGCUGUAACAUUAGCUGCAGUUGUUUUUGCUCAUUUCUAACACUGCUGUCGAGGCUCAUGGUCACGGGAGAUUCGUCCCUGCAGCCACAGAGAGGCUUCAGAGAAAACCGAAUGGAACUGGAGGAAUUUUCAGCAUCUUCAAAGAUCGUUUAAGCACCGAGGUCAUUCAUCCAAGCAGAGGCAGACGGACUGCACCACAGGAUCAAGACCCUAAUCUGGGAUGUAAAUGCAAAGGUUCCAUACAAGGAGUUUAUACAUGCAAACUGGAGCCAUAUAUCUAUAGAAUUUUUACUUGGAUACUACAGCUAAUAGGACCAACAUCUGCACUGUUUUUGCAGAGUAUUGACUGACAGAUUCUAUAGCUAGUAUCCCCCCCCCCCCCUAUCUUUGGAGGAGCCAUUACUUUCCUGCAAUUAAUUUAUUCUCCAGAUCCUCCUCAAAAUCCUUACACACUUCAGACAGACGCUUCAGGAAAUCUCCUCUCUGGAAAAUGUUAAUCGGAUAUAAUUUUCGGCAAAUCUAGAAUCGGAAGCCCAAUGAGUGACACACAGUCAAGUUUCACUGACAGGUUUCCCAAGAAAGCAAACAGAACCAGCAGCCUUCUCAGUAAAGACCAUCCCCCAGACAAGAAAUCCAAAAGUGAUAAAUCCUCACUUCCUUCCAAUGAGUUUGACCCGACAGACGUUCUGGUGGUGGAGAAGAGUAGCAGCAGCACUGUGCUACCAGAGGGGAGGCCUGAGUCCUGUGGUCUAGUCCAGCGAUGUGUAAUCAUCCAGAAAGAUGAAAAUGGCUUUGGACUCACUGUCAGCGGUGACAACCCAGUGUUUGUGCAGCUUGUCAAAGAAGAUGGAGCUGCUAUGCGGGCAGGUGUGCAGACAGGAGACAGGAUCAUCAAGGUUAAUGGGACCCUCGUAACACAUUCUAAUCACAUUGAAGUGGUGAAGCUCAUCAAAUCGGGCUCUUAUGUAGCCCUCACAGUGUUGGGGCGUCCUCCAGGACUUGCCCAGAUCCCGCUGUCUGAAGCAGAGUCUGAAAUGUUGGGCGUUAGCAUUUCCUCUCCAAAUUCGCCAGCAGGAGAACACCCCUACAGUUCUCAGGAUCGCCUCUCCGCUCAGCCGGCAUGGGAUGAGAACAACAGUGUUUGCAACCAGAAGGUUGAUGUUUUCCAGAAGAUACUCUCAAAAGAGCAGCACGAUUUACAGGCAACGAAGAACUCCUCCCUGAAACUACUGAAAGACAUUCAUGAAGCUAAAAAACACAUUCCUCCACAGCAGGGUCAACGUUUCAAGGCCACUGUGCCAACACAGGAAGCCGUUCCAGUUGAAGAUGUUGAUGGUAACAUGUUUGAGACAGAGCACACGCCUGCCUCAAAAGGAGACAACAGUACAGACUUGUCUUGGAUCAGCUCUCCUAUUUCUCGUGGAUUUGGGCCUGGAUCUCCAGACAGUUUAUGCUCAAAAGAGUCCUCCUGUCCCAGCCCAAAGAGCACUCCCAGGAACAGCUACAACUCCUGCCACUCCCCAGAGGCAGAGGAUACUACUGACCUGGACUCUCUGUCCCCUGUCGCAGUCAGCAGCCCUUCCUCAUCCCGCAUGGUUUCUCAUAUCAUUGGAGCUGAAGAUGACUAUUUCGAUUCAGACCAGGAGCAGACAAAUGGCCAGUGUAACAGCUUUAACAGCAUCGAGCUGCUCAAAUCUCGGCCCGCACACCUCGCAGCCUUUCUGCAUUAUGUCAUCUCUCAGUUCGACCCCGCUCCCGUGCUGUGCUACCUCUAUGCUGACCUGUACAAGCAAACCAAUUCCAAAGAGACCAGAAGAGUAUUCAUGGAUCUUCAUACUUUCUUCAUUGACCGUGGAGCAAAUUUGAAAGUUGCUGUUCCCGAGUCAAUAUCUGCUGAUCUUGAGCGGCGGCGGACAGAGCUGAUCCCAGAAGAAAUAAACAGACAAUAUGUUCAGACACUGCAGGCCUCAUUACUUCCUGACAUUCAGAAGAACCUCGAGGAUUUCAGGCAAAAGCGCAGUAUGGGCUUGACCAUGGCUGACGUAGAGCUGGCCAGACUGGACCAAGAACGCAUCAGAGAUCGUGUCACUCUGGAACGCGAGCGGUCAUAUGCCGAGAACAUCAUCACCAAGAUAGAAGAUGUCCUAUUAACAACUCAGACCACAGAGGAAGAGAAAUGCACGACUAUGCAGUACGUCAUCUACACGUACAUGAAGCACCUUGGUGUGAGGGUAAAGGAGCCUCGAAAUCUAGAGUCCAAAAAGGUCCGGAUCAAUUUCCUUCCAAAGAUCAAGGGGAUACAGAAAAGUAUCAAGACCGAGAAGGAAGGAGAAGAGAAGGUGAAAAAGCAUAGAUUCCCCAGCAUCCUUGGACCUCAGCGUCGGCCCAGUCGAGUUGAAGCAGCGUCAGUGGGGAAAGCCCUGGAUAGUCGGCCUCGGCCCCAGAAACAGCUGUCCCAGCCGACACUGGGUUCAAAUGAACACAUGGAUCCUGGUCGUAUGAGAAGCAGCCAAUCAAGUGAAGGCUCCGAACUCACACACUCCAUAUCUAUGACUUCGUCAUCCCCAAACAGCGCCACCUGUAGCUCAGACACCAGCCGAGACAAUGAUAUGGUUGGGACUCCAGUGUCGGCGCCCUCAAGGUUGAGUGACGGGCUUCAGGCUGACCCUUUGGAUGGCUUACCUUAUCCUGUGUCACAGUUUGACCUUUAUGGACUGGACCAGCUGCAGGAAGACGACCGAGAAACUGACAGAGUCCAUGAGGGAACACCAAAGGCCAUAAGAAGGUUUGAGGGACUCUAUCCUACUGAAGUUCAGAGUGAGGAUGACCAGGGAACAGACUCAGAGUAUGACCCCCCCAACUGGCAGCAACUUGUGGGAAGAGAAGUCCUUGCAGGUCUCAGGCCUCAUGAAAUCAAGAGGCAAGAGGUCAUUAACGAGCUCUUUUACACAGAGCGCGCACAUGUGCGGACGCUUAGAGUGCUGGACCUCAUAUUCUACCAGAAGCUCAACAAAGAGGCCAUCCUGCCUCCUGCUGAUGCUAAGAACAUCUUUACCAACCUAGAGGAGAUUCUGCAGCUGCAUGUUUCAAUACUGGAGCAAAUGGCAGCUGUCCGAAAGAGAAACGAGUCUUCAGUAAUUGAUCAGAUCGGAGAUGACUUGCUCUCCUGGUUCAGCAGUGGUGAGGAGGAGAAGAUCAAGCAGGCGACGGGGACGUUCUGCAGUAACCAGCCUUUUGCUCUAGAAAUCAUCAAGACCAAGCAGAAGAAAGAUUCACGGUUUGCUUCAUUCAUUCAGGAAGCAGAGAGUAAUAGACUUUGUCGGCGUCUGCAGCUGAAGGACAUCAUUCCUGUUGAGAUGCAGAGACUCAUCAAGUACCCUCUGUUACUAGACAACAUUGCCAAGUACACAGAUGACACAGUGGAGAAGGACAAGGUGAAGCAGGCAGCAGAUUGCUGCCGAAAGAUCCUCAAUCAUGUCAACCAGGCUGUGAAGGAGUCUGAAGACAAGCAGAGAUUGGAGGACUAUCAGAGAAGAUUGGACCUCUCCUCUUUGAAGCAGACAGACAACCCCAUGAUCCUGGAGCUAAAGAACCUGAAUCUAACCAAGAAAACGAUGGUUCACGAGGGACCACUGUCAUGGAAAGUGAACAAGGACAAGAUUAUCGAACUGUACACACUUCUCCUGGAGGACAUCCUGGUUCUGCUGCAGAAACAAGACGAGCGUCUGAUCCUGAAGUGUCACAGCAAGAACCUGGCAGGAACGGCAGACACCAAACACAUCUUUAGUCCCAUCAUUAAACUCAACACUGUCCUCGUGCGCUCUGUGGCCACAGAUAACAGGUCAUUCUUUGUCCUUUCAAUGUCCGAAAGUGGAGCCCAGAUCUAUGAGUUGAUGGCGCCCACUGUGUCAGAUCAGACAACGUGGCAGCGUCUGAUCAGUCAGAAAGCUGAUGCCAUGAAAGUCAAACCUCAUAGCGUCAUACCGUUACCUCAAACUGAAGGAGACAGAGAUGGUGUGGAGAUCAUCACAGCAGGAGUUUCCAGGCUGAGUAGAGAUCCGGACCAGACGUCCACAGGCAGCACCCAGUCUACAGAUAAAGAGAACAGUCCAGCAUCUAGAGAUGAGACACAGAGCACUCUAGCAAGUAAUAAUCCAUUUGAGGGAGUAAAGCCAGAGGAAGAGGAGGAGGAGGAAGGUUUUGUGGACCCAGACCUUCCUUACCAAGUGGUGGAGAAUUGUAGAGAAGGCGACUCCUUCAGCAUGUUUCCCUCCAGGGCAGACGAAGCACUGAAAACAUUGGCAGCAUUAAAACAGGUUCUGGUGACCCAGCUAAUGUCCCAGGAGGCUGGCGAGCGCAACAAACGCUCCACAGGGAGCCGUCUCCUCCGGACCACCUCUCUACGGACACCUGUAGACAGCCGCUCACGGGUGAUCGUCCAUAAUGGCUCGGAGAGGAACAGCUCCCAGACAGAGGACCCAUCUCAGGACCUGGGGUCUGGAGACACAGGCUUCUUUGAUUCUCCAGAGGAUUAUGCAGGUUACCUUGUCCUGGAAGGUUUUGGUGGUCCAGGGGAGAGCAACACUGAUGAUGACAUCUUGGCAUCAACCACAGGGAAACAGCUGAGCACCUCACACGGCUGUGCUGCAGAUUCUGGCAUCAAUUUGAGGUUUUCGUCAACAUCGCAGGCCGGUAGCCUCUCGUCUUUCAGCAGACAGGUCCUGUGUCACCUUAGAAACCUUCAGACCAACCUCAACUAUCUGAAGGAGGUCGAAGUCAAGUACAAUAAUCUAAUACGCCAAAGGCCAGAGAGGUCAGCAGCAGACACGGAUGUAAACAAAGAUAAGAGAUAGUGGAUGUCCGUGACUGGGAUUUUGCCUCUCGUCUCAAAGAAGAAGUAACGACUGGUUGUCCAAUCUUACUUCUUGUGUCUUGGACUUUCUGGACUUCUAUAAGCUUGUCCUCUCACUGCUGAGUCCCUUCCUCCGUUGCUGCCUACCACAGUUGCCGCAGAGAAUGAGAGACUGACACGUAAACAGAAACAUUUUAGUGGGAGAAGUCAUCUUUCCGAUGCCCCGCCCACAUCAGCACAUGGCAAUCAGGGAAGUGGGAUUGGCCCAAACCUCACCCUUCUAUCAUUCUAACACCCUGCAAGAAAGAGAACUUAUACCAAAAUGUACAAAGAUGUGUGUUUAGGAUAUAUAUAUAUACAUAUAUAUAUAUAUGAAACACAGAACAAGAAAAGGAAAAAUUUAAGAUAAUGUAAUAAGAUUUUUUUUUUUUAUCCCGAGAUGUAUUUAUUUUCAUUUUCUUUUCUUUUUUUUUUAAAAGUGUCUCCCACAUUGCUUUGCAUGCUUUUUGCCAUGGCGUUAUGUUUUUAGGCUGCUUUUUCUGCUUUGACUACACGGGGUCAUGUAAGUGUUGUGCGUGCACACUAGCCUAGCUUCCUUGAAUGAUAAAGCAGGAAUAUAUUCAGACUGAUAGAGGCCAGAGUUGCACUGGUGAUGUUAAAAACUCUAAAACUGUAUUAUAAAAUCUCAGAUUCCGUCUGAGUUCUCAGUGUGGCGUUAACUAGAAUGAAGAGUCUGAAGGCUCUGAUCUGGUCCUGUUACAUUUCUGUCUCCUCAUUUUUGUGUUUGUGUAUGUUUGUUUGGUUUUUUUUAUACCCUCAUCUUCCCUCUUUCCGUGAACUGUUCUGGGUGUCUUCCUCUUUGGCUUUCUUGCUUAUUUAUCUCCCACACUAUUGCAUCAAUCUCCCUCAUCUGCCUUUGGGUGUCUUUGCCGGUUCCCCCGUUUCCUCACGGCGCACUCGCACUCCUCUUGUAUCAGCUCGUGACAAACAUGUUGCUUCAUUCUGCUGCUGUUCGCGAUGCUGAUCUGACUGACUGGUAUUCUAAUAACGUCAUGAAGUUUAACACAUACUGUAAGAUGAGCUACUUGGAAGGUUAUGCAUAACUUUAAUAAAGAAAUGGUGCCAUGACAAGAUUGAAA